UGGGGAGGUGGGGGGAGUUGAAUGGCAGCGGCGGCGGCAGAGGUUACGCGCGCGCCAGGCGCGCGCACGGUCUCCAUGGUGAAGCGGGGGAGGGGUGGCCCUCAGUAAGUGGCAGCGACUGAUGUCGCUGGCGCCCGCGGUGGCAGAUCCGAUCCGCCUGGCCGAGCACGCGGGGCCAUGUCCCGGGGGUGCUGCACCCACCUCCUGUGGGAUGUGAAGAAACGGAGUUUGGGCCUGGAGGACCCGGGCCUGCUGCGGAGACGGUAUCUAGGGAGAAGAGAAUUUAUCCAAAGAUUAAAACUUGAAGCAACAUUGAAUGUGCAUGAUGGCUGUGUGAAUACAAUAUGCUGGAAUGAUACAGGAGAAUAUAUUCUAUCUGGAUCUGAUGAUACUAAUCUUGUAAUUACUAAUCCAUAUAGUAGAAAGGUAUUAACAACUAUUCGCUCAGGACACAGGGCAAAUAUUUUUAGCGCAAAAUUUUUACCAUGCACCAAUGAUAAGCAAAUAAUAUCCUGUUCUGGAGAUGGUGUCAUUUUUUAUACUAAUGUUGAACAAGAUGCUGAAACCAACAGACAGUGCCAAUUUACUUGCCACUAUGGAACUACAUAUGAGAUCAUGACAGUCCCAAAUGAUCCCUACACAUUUUUGUCUUGUGGAGAAGAUGGUACUGUAAGAUGGUUUGAUACAAGAAUCAGGACAAGUUGUACAAAAGAAGACUGUAAAGAUGAUAUUUUAAUCAAUUGUAGGAGAGCUGCUACAUCUGUAGCUAUCUGCCCACCAAUACCAUAUUACCUUGCAGUUGGCUGUUCUGAUAGUUCAGUAAGAAUAUAUGAUCGACGCAUGCUUGGCACACGAGCAACAGGUAAUUAUGCAGGCAGGGGUACUACAGGAUUGGUGGCACGUUUUGUUCCUCCUCAUCUUAAUAAUAAAUCCUGUAGGGUAACAUCUCUCUGCUACAGUGAAGAUGGACAAGAAAUUCUUGUGAGCUAUUCUUCAGACUACAUAUACCUAUUUGAUCCUAAGGAUGAUACAGCUAGAGAAUUGAAAGUUCCUUCUGCAGAAGAGCGAAGAGAAGAGUUACGGCAGCCUCCUGUCAAACGUUUGCGAUUAAGAGGAGAUUGGUCAGAUACUGGACCAAGAGCAAGGCCGGAAAGUGAAAGAGAAAGAGAUGGUGAACAGAGCCCUAACGUUUCAUUAAUGCAAAGAAUGUCUGACAUGUUGUCAAGAUGGUUUGAAGAAGCAAGUGAAGUUGCACAGAGCAACAGAGGAAGAGGACGAUCUCGCUCUAGAGGUGGAACAAGUAGAUCAGAUGUUUCUACCCCAGGAAAUGUCUUGGCAGGUGCUGAAACAGAAAAUUCCAUGGAAGUAGAUGGUCCUGAACAACUGCAGUCAUCCUCAUCUACAGUGUCAGCUCAAGCUCCCUCAACAUCUUCAUCAACAGAAAGUCCUCCUUCUACUUCUUUACUCUCCUCUCCUGACAAUGAACAAAGACCUUUCCUGGAGACACCUGCACCUCCUACCCACCAUCAACCUGAAUUAAUGGCACCUGAGUUAGCUAUACUCCGUAGGGGCCUGCAGCGGCUGAGGCUUAAGAAGGCUGAACAGCAGAGACAGCGAGAGCUAGCGGAGGGUUCAGCACAGCAGUCCUCCAGCUCUGAUCAGUCUUCCCCUAAGGGAUCCUCACAGGACCCUCAGCCUACAGAUGAUGAAAAAGCAAGUCCACGGCCAGGAGCAAGUGAACCUGUUUUAAGUUUACAUUAUAGCACAGAAGGAACAACUACAAGUACAAUUAAAUUAGAUUUCACUGAUGAAUGGAGUAGUACAGCUUCAAGUUCUAGAGGGAGUGGAAGUCAGAGCAAAAUAGAAGGUCAGGAAGAAUCCCUAAGAACUCCAGGUUCAGGACUACCAACACCAGAGAGUGAAGAAUCAAAAAUUCCUGAAGAAUCACCUGAAGAAAAUACAAAUACUGAAGAGCUAAUGUCAACAAAUGAAAAUGCUGAUACACCACAUUCGGAGAAUGAAAUAUCUGACCAGCCUGAAAGUACUAUGGAACAAGGAAAUGUUCCUGAUCUUGAUUUAAUCUCCCAGAUCCCAGGAGAAGAUAUAUCAGGCAAAACCAUGGAACAGCCAGAAGGCUUGAGUCAACAAAGUACAGAUUCUUCUACCAUCCCAAAUAAUACCAAUAAUGAACCUCAUUCUCAACCAGAUUCCUCAGAACUUGCAACUCAUGAAGAAUCAACAAGAAGUUCUGUUUUCCAUGAAACCGAUGAUAGCGAUGAUGACCCUGUUCUCAUACCUGGUGCACGGUAUCGUGGGGGCGUUGGUCAUAGAUAUAUCAGAGGAACAGCAGUAGGUGAUAGAAUAAUGAGACGAUCUGCUGUUGCUCGCAUCCAGGAACUUUUCAGACGAAGAAAAGAAAGAAAGGAAAUGGAAGAAUUAGAAACACUAAAUAUUAGACGCCCUUUAAUAAAAAUGGUUUAUAAAGGUCAUCGGAACUCACGGACAAUGAUAAAAGAAGCCAAUUUCUGGGGUUCUAACUUUGUAAUGAGUGGAUCAGAUUGUGGACACAUCUUCAUCUGGGAUCGACAUACUGCUGAGCACCUUAUGCUGCUGGAAGCAGAUAAUCAUGUAGUGAACUGUCUGCAGCCACAUCCAUUUGAUCCAAUUUUAGCUUCAUCAGGUAUUGAUUAUGAUAUAAAAAUCUGGUCACCACUAGAAGAAUCCAAGAUUUUUAAUCGGAAACUUGCUGAUGAGGUUAUAACUCGAAAUGAAUUAAUGCUGGAAGAAACUAGAAACACAAUUACUGUUCCAGCUUCUUUUAUGUUAAGGAUGUUGGCAUCUUUGAAUCACAUACGAGCAGACCGGCUGGAAGGUGACAGAUCUGAAGGGUCUGGCCAAGAAAAUGAAAAUGAAGAUGAAGAGUAAUUGGCUAUUUUCUGGAAACAACAAAAUGUCAUGAAAUUUGUAUAACUCGUGAAUUAUAUUUUUCCUUACAAAGCUUUAGUGCAAUUUUAAGGUUUUGCUUUGGGUAAUCUAACAUUCUGAUUUUUGAAUGUGUGUGCAUGACUUAUGAGAGUGUGCAAGUUAAAAACGCAAAAUGUUUUUAAAAUGUUUUGCCAUGUAUGAGGAGUGCUAGACAAUGCAAAGUGCAAUAUUUUCCCUUAACUUGCAAAUGUGGGAGCUUGGAUCAAUGUUAAAAUAACUUACCUAAUAGUAAAAACAUUGGUUCAAAUAAAUUUCUAUACCUGCUAUUUGCAUGUUUAUUGCUUUCUAUUAAAAGAUGUGGUUGUUUUACAUUUGUGUUUGUCUUUUCACUAUGACUGUACAUAGCAAACCAACCAACCUGUUAGAAUACAUUACAUUCUUACUAUUAGAGUGAUUUCAUUCCUCCUUCUGUUCCCAGGGGAUCUUCUGUGAUUAAUCUUUAAAAGAUUAAUCUUUUUAAAAGAAAACAUGAGGAUUUCAUUUCUUUUGCUUAGUGCAAGUGUUGGAAUGAAAUAAUUUUAUAUUAAGGUAUUUAUAAAAUCAUGCUAAUAUUCCUUAUAAAAGCAGUUUGUUAUAUAUGUAUUUGUGCAUUGGUGUAAACACACAUACAUAAUAUAUGUGCCAUAUCACUCUUGCACUUUACAACAAUUAUAAAAUACAAUAAUAUGUCCAGAGUAAAAGUUAAAAUAAACUUAACAUUGAAAGUAAUAUGAAACAAUCCAUAAAUUUGCAUGCCAUCUGUGUGCAUUGGCAUGCUAAUCUUCUCUCUAUUCCAACUGUAAUACAUGUCCUGUCAAAGUAUAGCAUAGAGGGCUGCUGAGGAGUAAUUACAAGGCCAUUCUUUGUGUAGAUACAAUCAUAUAGGCUUACAGUGAAAGUCUGUGUUAGCAAACCUAAGCUCCACUAAUAUUAUUGUAAACAAAAUAAUAAAAGGAUGCCAGGUGGUCUUUAGAUGAGUGCUUCCUAACCAUAGUGAUCCACAAUGCGUGCAAAUAAUCCCUUUGGUAAUGACAAAAGGAAAAUAUUUUUUUAAAUAGCUAAACCUUAUGAGAGUAUUAGAUUUCAUAACAGGAUAUUCUUGCUGGAAAUCACAAUUGUAUUUUUGCCAAACUUUUGCAAGAUUACAGAUGGGAGCACCAUAAUCUUGUGACAGUUCACAGUUCAUUAUUGUUUUUUUAAUUUAAUUUUGGAGCAUCCACAAGCACCAACUUCAGGGCCUGUUGUCACAUUCUAUGUUGGAGUUAUUAAAAGCCUUAUAUGAUAGCGCAUGGGUCCACAUAAAGGAAAAGAUUGGGAGGCCUUGCAAAAGGCCAGCAGUAUUGGGGUUAAUCUAAUCUCUCGAGUGAUGGGAGUCUGGGUGUUCCAAGGGGCUGGUGUUUAGCUAGAUUUAUCUCAUAGCCAGUGAGAAAGUCAUAUUCUGUAGAGGGAAGUGAGAAUGGCCUUGAAGGACAUGAAAAGGAGCCACUAUCAAGGCAAUGAUCAGAUAAAAGGGGCCUUAUCCCAGAUGGCGAAAGUAAAUAUCUCAGACAAGUCCCUGCCUAGCUCACAGGAAGAUAAAAGAGGGAGGAGAGAAGUGCAUUUAGAAGUACAAAUUUCUGUUACUAUAGCUUUACAAUAAAACUACUGACCUACAUGGCAUUGGUUCCCUAGUCUGGACCAUGGUGAACACCUGGCAUAUACAAACAAGAUUUGUUAAUUGUAUGCAGAAAUCACAGCCUGCAUAUAAAUCCAUAUUCUAGGAGUAAGCUUCUUCCUAGCUUUGGUAUAAAAACUCGGGCAGAUAUCACAGUCUCUUUCAGGAUAUGCAUAAUGU